UGCAACGUUCUAAUUUACAAUCGAACAAAAGAAGAGCGAUGAAAUAGCAAGAACGACGGAGCGCGGCUAGGCGAUGGAAAAGAGGGAGAGCGACCGGAACAGGAAGACAAUGAAUGUAAACAUGAUGCUCGUUGUCGACAUUGGAUAUAAAAUGUUGAUGUUCAUGUGCACGGUAGUAAUCGCAUCGAGGACAUCGGUAUAUUCGUGUCUAUCGACAGGUUUCACAAGCAUCUUUGUUCCGGUGAUUCGAUCAACAGCAACUAGUAUUCAGUCUCAAGUACGAAUAGAUUUGUUAGUGAGACAGAAAUAUGGAAGACAGCAAAAGUUAUAACCCAUACGAGAAAAUGCCGCCGGGUGAAGAGAUUGUGAUUUCUGGUAUGGCCGGUCGAUUUCCCGAUACAGACAAUAUAAAGGAGUUGCAAGAAAAUCUUUUGAAUAUGAUGGACCUAGGUUCGGACGACAAUCGACGAUGGAAAAAUGCUAAUUAUGACAUGCCGGAUCGAUCAGGAAAGGUUAAUAAUAUAAACAAGUUCGACGCAGAGUACUUUGGUAUUUCAUCUGUGGAAGCGCAUAUUACUGAUCCUAUGUGCAGGAUGUUGCUCGAGCACACUUAUGAAGCACUUAUCGACGCCGGUGUAAAUCCCAAAGAAUUACGAGGAACGAAAACUGGUGUCUUUAUAGGAUCGUGUUAUUCUGAAGCGGCCAACAUAACUUUUCUUACCAAGCCUCAGUCACCUGGAUACUCAGUUAUUGGAUUCGGUAAAUACUGGCUAGCGAACAGCAUUUCUAAUUGGCUCGGUCUUACCGGACCGUCUUAUGUGAUGGAUACGGCCUGCAGUUCAACCCACUACGCUAUUGCGGAAGCUUUCAGAAUGAUACGAGGUGGAGAGUGUGAUGCAGCUAUCGUGGGUGGUGCUAAUCUGUGUCUUCAUCCCAAUAUAACGCUUCAAUUUUUUCAUCUCGGAGUCCUCUCCGCGGAUGGUUACUGCAAGCCCUUCGAUGUGAGCAGUACGGGUUAUAUGCGCAGUGAAACAAUCGCAGUAAUAUAUCUGCAGAAAGUGAAGAACGCGAAACGAAUCUAUGCUACCCUCGUCUACUCUAAAACUAAUUGCGAUGGUUGGAAGCCAGAAGGGAUUACAUAUCCUUCUUUCAGUAUGCAAAAGAAAUUAUUGGAAGACUUUUACAAUGAUUGCGGCAUCACACCCGAAGAGCUGUCCUACAUGGAGGCCCACGCCACUGGUACUUUAGCAGGAGAUCCGCCAGAAGUUGACGCCAUCGAUCAGGCUUUAUGUUCAAAGAGGACUACUCCCUUAUUGGUGGGUUCGAUAAAAUCAAAUCUCGGGCAUUCUGAAUCUGCUAGUGGCCUUUGUCAAGUGGUAAAAGUGUUGAUAGCGAUGGAAACAGGCAUUAUUCCACCAACCAUACACUACAAAACACCGCGAAAGGAACUGACUCCUAUAAUUGAAGGAAGAAUGAAUGUCGUCACUGAACCAACUUCAUGGAACGGUGGUUACAUUGGCAUUAAUAAUUUCGGAUUUGGCGGUGGAAACUGUCACAUACUACUGAAAUCAAAUCCCAAAAAUAAAAUCAAUGUUGGAAUACCAGAUGGCUUACCCAGACUCGUAGCGGUAUCUGGUCGUACUGAGGAGGCUGUUCAGACUCUAUUAGAUGACGUGAAUAGCCGACAGAUAGACGUGGAAUAUAUGGCUCUUCUGCAUAGCAUUCAUGCAGAAAAUAUUGAAGGCCAUCCCUAUAGAGGAUAUACUAUUGCUGGACCUGAAGUUCCUGUUAACAAAAUAAGAAAAGUUGAAAACUGCGCAAACUCAAGGAGACCAAUCUGCUUUGUAUUUCCUGGAACAGAAGUUGAGUGGCGUAACAUAGAACUGAUGAAACUACCAGUGUUUGCAAAGGCAAUAAAGAAAUGUAAUGAAACAUUAAAGCAGCGGGAUAUAUGUGUUACGGAUAUUAUAAAAAACAAAAAUAAAACUACCAGCAAUAGCAUCGUAGAAUCAUUUGUAGGAAUCAUUGCCAUACAGAUUGGAAUAGUGGAUAUCUUAACACACAUUGGUAUUCUAUCCGAUUACACGAUAGGUCAGUCUAUUGGUCAACUUAUAUCCGAAUAUGUUGAUGGACGUUUCACUAUCGAGACAACAAUUUUGACGGCGUAUUUCAUAGGCACGGCGUUUGAGCAGGCCAUGUCUCAGGUUGAUGACAUUACUAAGAAUCAAGGCAACUAUCUUGAUGUUGUUAGAUCAAAACUCUUGGAACAUCUCUACCGAAUAUUACCAGCGAACUUUCUAAACAGCCGCGGUGUAACACAGUUGGGCAGGUCACGAAGCGAACGCGACAAGUUUGAGACCGCUGCAGAAUAUUAUGUAGACAUUAUACUGAAUCCAGUACCAUUACAAAAAAUUACAGCUUUGUUACCGAAAGAUACGAUACUCGUCGACAUAGUACCACACAAUACUUUUCAGCCACUCAUACCAAACUUGCAGUCAGUGAUAACGUUGAUUUCACUCUAUAAACGCGGUCAAAAGCAUACUAUGCAAAACUUUUUAGAAGGAAUCGGAGAUCUUUAUAAUGUAGGACUUCAGCCACAGAUUGCAAGUUUGUAUCCGCCAGUGCAAUUUCCUGUUAGUCGGGGAACACCAAUGAUAUCUCCUCUCAUUAGAUGGAAUCACUCUGAGGACUAUUACUUCUACCAUCAUAUAGGUGAAAGUAAAAUUUUCAGCAGAGAAAGAAUCGUCACUAUUACACCCGCUGAUGCAGAUUUUGAAUAUAUGUCUGAUCAUAUAAUCGAUGGAAGAAAUUUGUUACCAGCUACGGGUUACCUUUACGAAAUUUGGCAUACUAUUGGUUUGUUGAGCGGCAUUGAUCAUAGAAACAUACCUAUUGUAUUUGAAAAUGUUAAAUUCAUACGCGCUAUUCACUUAUCACGACGAGACAAGCUGGACUUAACUAUUAUGAUCCAAGAAGGCGGUAAUAAUUUUGAGAUUAUAGAGGGAGAGAAUGUAAUCGUCAGUGGAGUCGUGAGGGUGCCUGACGAUAUCGUGAAAGAGAAAAUAUCCGUUCAGUUUCUACCAAAAAACGAAGAUGAUGAAGAAUGCAUGAAUGCUGCAGAUAUUUACAAGGAACUACGACUCCGUGGCUACCAGUAUAAAGAUCCGGGUGAUAUGAGCACAAUCCGUUGGGUUGAAGGACGGACAUCUCCCAAACUCAACCGCGAAAAUGUUAUACAUAAAAUUUACGCGGCACUGAAUUUCAAAGAUAUUUUGAUAGCUACUGGUAAACUGGCGUUGGAAUCCUUCCAAAUGAUUGAACGAGAUAUCGAUUCUUUCUUAGGCUUUGAAUUUGUCGGGUAUGAUGGGUUUGGACAAAGAAUAAUGGCAAUGUGCUCCGGCAGAGGAAUAUCAAAUGUUGCAAUCCAGGACCACGUUACGUCUUGGGUUAUUCCCGAUGAAUGGACAUUCGAGGAUGCUGCUACAGUUCCGUGUGUUUAUGCCACAAGCUGCUACGCUCUCUACGAGAAAGGAAAAAUGAAGAGAGGAGACAAAGUUCUCAUUCAUUCGGGCACCGGCGGUGUUGGUCAAGCCGCGAUCCACCUCGCGCUGUACGAAAAGUGCGAAGUAUUCACGACAGUCGGAACUUUGGAGAAACGGCAAUUCAUUAGAGAAACUUUUCCUUCGAUCCUUGACGAUCAUAUCGGCAAUUCUCGUGACACAAGUUUCGAACAAAUGAUACUUGAGCAGACACGCGGUCGGGGAGUUGAUAUCGUAUUGAAUUCCUUAGCUGAGGAGAAGCUUCAGGCGUCUAUUCGCUGCUUGGCAAAAGGCGGUCGAUUCCUGGAAAUAGGAAAAUAUGACGUGAUCGCCGAUAAUACUUUAGACAGAAUGAUUUUUGCGAAAGGCAUCAGUUUCCAUGCGAUUAUGUUAGACAAUAUAAUAAGUUCCGUCUCAAAGAAUUACGGAAUUGUAUGUAAUUAUAUGUUACAAUGUCUGAAAAAUGGCUCGAUAAAACCUCUUCCAAGGAAAGUCUUUGAAAAGACAGAAGUAGAAGAUGCCUUCAGGUAUAUGGCAACUGGCAAGCACAUAGGAAAGAUCCUGAUAAAGAUACGCGAUGAAAACGAGCCAUUGAGUCUUCCUAUUCUCGCUUAUCCCCGAUUUUUCUGCAAGUCUCAUAUGUCUUACAUCAUUUUGGGCGGAUUAGGCGGCUUUGGUCUAGAAUUGGCCGACUGGCUGAUUCUUCGCGGAGCAAAGAAUCUUCUUCUCACUUCGCGGACAGGAUUGCGAAACGGUUACCAGCGCUCGAGGGUGGAAUUAUGGAAGUCCUAUGGGGUGAAUGUGCAGAUUAUCGCGAGUGCUGAAGCGUCUGAUCACAAGGACGGCGCGUCCAUCCUGAACACUGCCAUUGAAAUGGGACCGGUGGACGCUAUAUUCAAUCUUGCCGUAGUGCUGAAAGAUUCUCUCUACAAGAAUCAGACAACUGAGUCCUUCGAAGAAUCAUUUAAACCGAAAGCAAUGGCGACGAAAACAAUGGACGAGUUGUCCAGGAAAAUGUGCCCUGACCUCCGGUACUUUGUUGUCUUCUCAUCCGUUUCGUGCGGCCGAGGAAACUCCGGCCAAACUAAUUACGGUAUGGCCAAUUCCAUCAUGGAGAGAAUAUGCGAGAGAAGAGUACAAGACGGAUUACCUGGGAUGGCUAUACAGUGGGGCGCGGUGGGUGAUGUGGGUCUCGUGGCCGAUAUGCAAAAGGACAAUAAGGAACUGAUCAUCGGCGGUACUCUACAACAGAAAAUACAGUCCUGUCUGCAGUCGCUGGACACUUUCAUGGUUCUAAAUAAGCCGAUCGUAGGUAGUAUGGUUGUGCCAGAGAAGCGCGCGACAUUUGGUGGAGUGAUGGACAUUGUGGAAACUGUAGCUAGUAUCAUGGGAAUAAAAGAUGUGAAAGCGGUUAGACUUCGCACCCCCCUGUCAGAGAUGGGUAUGGAUUCAAUGACGGCGGUAGAGAUCAAGCAAACGUUGGAGAAAGAAUUCGACGUUUAUCUUACCGCGCAGGACAUUAGAACUCUCACUUUCGAGAAACUCCACAAUAUGGCCGAUAAAAACAAGCGUUUUGAGCAGAUUGAGACACUCGAUUCAGGGGGUAUAAAAUUUGUAAUUCGUUUAAUCAAUAAUUUAGACAUGGUUCCAGAUGUUUGCUUGGAGAUAACUACUAGAAGUAAAAUGGGCACAAAGCGGAUAUUUCUUCUACCAGGAAUCGAAGGUUGCGGGAGCGUAUUUAAUUCGUUGGCUUCGAAAAUCGAAGGUCCCGUGACAUGUUUGCAGCACGGAUCAAACAAUAUCCCCACGAGUGAAUCUGUAUUGCAGUCGGCUGCCAGUCUGUUACCUCAUAUAAUAUCAAAGAUGGAGGGUUCUGCGGAAUUCAUAAUAGUUGGGUAUUCAUACGGGUCGUUAAUCGCUAUCGAGUUGACGAGAUUGUUGGAGGCGAGAAAUUUCACAGGACGGUUAAUAUUAAUUGAUGGCACACCGGAUUAUAUGAAAACUCUGAAAGAUCAAUAUUUUCCUUUCACGAAUCUUCAGGAAUUUCAGAAUAAUGUUCUCCUAGGCCUUAUAGAUCUCUUCUACUCUGUCGAUAAUACAUCGGUUCUAUUAGAAUUGUCUAAACACGACACGUGGGAAAAAAAAUGGGAUGCUGUCGUCAAAUGUCUUUCAGACGAUAUUGUGCAAGUAACUUCUCUUGAAAAUUACAAGAUUUAUUGUACAACGGUUUAUAAGCAUCUGAUCGCUAUUCACGAGUAUGAUGCGUCCUCAUCACCGCCACUGAAAUCGCCUGUAUUAUUACUAAAACCUACAACGUCCAACUUGCCUUUUGCCGACGAAAAUAGCGACUUGAAAAAGGUGACUGAAGGUAACGUGCAAGUUCGUCAUGUCGAAGGUAAUCAUUUCACGAUGUUGGAAAAUGAUGAACUUGCUGAUAUUAUUAACGAAAUAUUAUCUUGAGAAGUUAAUCUUUAUAAUGUUACAAAAGUUCGUAAUUCUGUAAAUCGAAGGUAUCAAGGUGUGUGGAAAGGGAAGGAGAAUACGCAGAAUAUUUAUUGUAAACAAGGCAAUGAUAAAAUAUUAUGGUAAAA